UUCCUGCCCAUCCAUUACUGCCGCCUCCGCCGUCCCGAGAUCCUGAACGACCGCCACCGCACAAUGUCCCACGACAAAGGAAAGCUCCCGACCGUCAACCCGGCGGACUUGUCUCAGGAGAAGGAUAACGACACAGCCCUUGCUAUUCUCAAGAAGAAAUCGGCUCCCAACAAGCUCAUUGUCGAUGAUGCUGUCAACGACGACAGCUCCCUGUGCGCGAUGCACACCGAGACCCUUGACGAACUGGGCCUCUUCCGAGGUGACACGGUCCUGAUCAAGGGCAAGAAGCAUAAGGACACUGUUCUUAUCGUCCUGGCCGACGACGAGGUAGAACGAAACAAGAUCCGGAUCAACAAGGUUGUCCGUGGAAAUCUGCGCGUGCGCCUGGGCGACAUUGUCUCGGUCCACCCCUGCCCCGACAUCAAAUACGGAAAGCGCAUCCACGUCUUGCCGAUAGACGACACCAUCGAGGGCAUCACCGGCAACUUGUUUGAUGUUUUCCUCAAGCCCUACUUCCUGGAAGCCUACCGCCCCGUCCGAAAAGGCGACAACUUCAUUGUCCGCGGCGGCAUGCGCGCUGUCGAGUUCAAAGUCGUCGAGACGGACCCCUCGCCGUAUUGCAUUGUCGCCCAAGACACCGUCAUUCACUGCGAGGGCGAUCCUAUCCGGCGCGAGGACGAGGAGUCGACCCUCAACGAAGUCGGCUACGACGACAUUGGUGGAUGCCGAAAGCAGCUUGCUCAGAUCCGAGAGCUUGUGGAGCUGCCCCUCCGACACCCCCAGCUUUUCAAGAGCAUCGGCAUCAAGCCCCCCCGCGGUAUCCUCAUGUACGGUCCUCCCGGCACGGGCAAGACUCUGAUCGCUCGUGCUGUCGCCAAUGAGACCGGCGCCUUCUUCUUCCUCAUCAAUGGUCCCGAGAUCAUGUCCAAGAUGGCCGGCGAGUCCGAGAGCAACCUCCGAAAGGCCUUUGAGGAAGCCGAGAAGAACAGCCCUGCCAUCAUUUUCAUUGAUGAAAUCGACUCGAUCGCUCCCAAGCGUGAGAAGACCAACGGCGAAGUCGAGCGCCGUGUUGUGUCCCAGCUCUUGACCCUUAUGGAUGGUCUGAAAGCCCGGUCCAACGUUGUUGUCAUGGCCGCCACCAACCGACCCAACAGCAUCGACCCUGCGCUCCGACGCUUCGGUCGAUUCGAUCGCGAGGUGGACAUUGGUAUCCCUGAUCCCACUGGUCGUCUGGAGAUUCUCCGCAUCCACACCAAGAACAUGAAGCUGGCCGAUGAUGUCGAUCUUGAGCAGAUUGCUGCCGAGACCCACGGCUACGUCGGCUCCGAUAUGGCCUCGCUCUGCUCCGAGGCUGCCCUCCAGCAGAUCCGCGAGAAGAUGGAUCUGAUCGAUCUCGACGAAGACACCAUCGAUGCCGAGGUCCUGGACAGCCUGGCCAUCACCAUGGCCAACUUCAAGUACGCCCUCGGCGUCUCGAACCCCGCUGCCCUCCGCGAGACUGUUGUCGAGGUGCCCACCGUCACCUGGGACGACAUUGGUGGUCUCGAGAAGGUCAAGCAAGAGCUCAAGGAGACGGUGCAGUACCCCGUCGAGCAUCCGGAGAAGUUCCUCAAGUUCGGCAUGAGCCCCAGCAAGGGCGUGCUGUUCUAUGGCCCGCCCGGCUGUGGCAAGACGCUGCUGGCCAAGGCCAUUGCCAACGAGUGCCAGGCCAACUUCAUCUCCAUCAAGGGCCCCGAGCUGCUCACCAUGUGGUUCGGCGAGUCCGAGGCCAACGUCCGUGACGUCUUUGACAAGGCCCGCUCGGCCGCCCCGUGUGUCAUGUUCUUUGACGAGCUCGACUCGAUUGCCAAGGCCCGUGGCGGCAGCCAGGGCGAUGCCGGCGGCGCCGGCGACCGUGUGCUGAACCAGCUCCUGACCGAGAUGGACGGCAUGAACGCCAAGAAGAAUGUCUUUGUCAUCGGCGCCACCAACCGCCCGGACCAGAUCGAUCCCGCCCUGCUCCGACCUGGUCGUCUCGACCAGCUCAUCUACAUUCCUCUGCCUGAUGAGGAGUCUCGCAAGCAGAUUCUCAAGGCUACCCUGCGCAAGUCUCCUGUCUCCAAGAACGUCGAUCUGUCGUUCAUGGCCAAGAACACCCACGGCUUCUCUGCUGCCGAUUUGACCGAGAUCUGCCAGCGUGCUUGCAAGCUGGCCAUCCGCGAGUCCAUCGACCAGGAAAUCCGGAACGAGAACGCUAAGAAGGAAGCCCAACAGCGCGGCGAGGAGAUCAUGGACGAUGAUAUCGAUCCCGUCCCCGAGCUCACCGUCGCCCACUUUGAGGAGGCCAUGAGAUUUGCCCGCCGCUCCGUCUCGGACAACGACAUCCGCAAGUACGAGAUGUUUGCCCAGAACCUGCAGCAGCGUCUCGGAUACGGAAGCAACUUCAAGUUCCCGCAGUCCUCUGGCGCCCCAAGCGGUGCCGCCGGCGCUUCCAACACCGAAGACGCCAGCCAGAACGACGACGAUCUGUACGCUUAAGCGACGCCCACCGGUCAGGUUUUUGCCACUGUUUGUACCUCAAACGCAGCUUCAUCCACGAAAAAAAAUCGGGACGCCCAGACCUCAAGGGCUCGCAGUCGCAUCAGAACGACAUGAGAGCUCCCUUUGAGGACCGACAGCAUGCAUCCACUAUCUUUGAGGACGCGCGGCCUGUUGCCCUUCUGGUCCUGCAUUGAUGAAUAUACAUCGCACCGACACACUCCUCGCAUAUAUGGUGCUGCGAGAA